CAAGCUUUAGUUAGCUUUGCUUUAGCAGUUAGCUUACAAGUUUGAAUAUAAUCACACUUUAGAGUACAGUCGGAGCGUUUGUUGGAAAUAUAUAUAUUUUUAAAAUUGAAUUACAUAUUUGAAACAUGUCGGUUGCUAUUGGCGCUGAUGGAUUGCCAGAGGUGCGCGUCACGCGCAUAACGGAAACUUAUUUACAGGAUGCGCUGGACGAAGAGGAGGUGCAGGGGCCGCCAAAAUUGACCAAAAAGGAGAAGAAGGCAAUGAAAAAAGAGGCGAAGCGCUUGCAGGAAAUCGAAGAUAGGAAGCUAGUGCUGCGUGAUGAUCUGCGUCGUGAGCUGGAGCUGGGGCGCAAGAUGGAGGUGCGCGGCAUGGAUGAAUGGUCCGCCAUGUGCGAGGAGGUGAAGCUGAUUGAGCUGCGUCAGGAGAUUGUCAUCUGGGGUGAAAGGUCACAGCGCAUAAUCGAUGCCAAAAACGAUCACAUCAACAUGUUGUUGGACGACAUGGCCCAGACGCAGGAGCAGCAUUCACGCAGCUUUGGCAAGACAGUGGAGUUAAUAGAUCACAUUAGCAAUUGCUAUCACGCCAUGCUGGACAGCUGCAAGCGGCUGUACGAGCGACAGGUGGAGGAUUUGCUCAAGGAAUUCUACGACGAGGUGCAUCUGCGCACUGAGGAGGUGGAGAACAUGCACAACAACAGCGAGAACAUAAUACAUGCCACCAACAUUUUGACACGCGAUCAGCUUAAGCUGGACUAUACAAUUUAUUUGGAGCAGCGCGACGAUUGUGUCAAUAGAGAAAUCGAGAAUCGUUUUCAGAUACGCGAUCAGGUUGUAAACAAAAUGAGUGAAAUGCAGCAUCAGCUGAACACCUUUGUGGACUCGCUAUAUAACACCGACUUGGAUGCCAACAAGUAUGAGCGCAUACGUCAGCUAACUGAGCGCCAGGCUCAGUUUGUGGAUGAGGUAAGGAAACUUAAUGUGGAGGAGAUGAAAUGCUUGUCCACACACGGCGAGCUGCAGCGUGAUAUUCUACGCAUUGAGACCGAAGACAGGGCUACCAUCAAUGAUCUGCGACUGGAGCAUGAAUAUUUUACUAAUGUGCGCAAGAAGAUUGAGGAGCGCAUGUACAUCGAUCGUCACACCACGCACGAGAAGCUGCGCAUACUCACCAGCGAGUGCUAUGCGCUCUCCAAGAGAUUCGAGAAGAUCGUCAAGGGCGGUGAGCUGCUGCUUGCCUUAUCCAUUACCUGCCGCAAGCUGCAAACCGAAUCGGAGAAGAUCAUUGUGGGCGGCGAAAUAGUCGAUGACGUUGAUGUGGGUGAAUUGGAUGAUAAUUUCACCAUUGAAACGUUGAGCAUCAAGGACCAUGUGGACAUUACAGAGGAAGAGCUUGUUGAGUUGAAUCGCUCGCUGAAGAACUUCUGGCGCCAGCAGGGCAUGGCUCAGGCUCAAAAUCUCUUGCUGCUGGAGGAGAAGCAUCAGCUAACCGAAGAGAAUCAAGGCCAUAUUGAUUUCAUCAAAUCCAUGUCCAAAACCGAUGAUGCUGAGACUCUGCGCAGCGCCUUAAGCGUCAGCUACUGCGACCAGCCGACGCCUUUUCUAUUCGAUACGGAAUGUCGCGGCUUUAAGGUCAAGGUGAAGCAGGAGUCGGCCACACCGGGCAAGGAUGCCAAGCACCAGGCGAAUACAGCUGUCAAGCAUCUCAUGCUGGGCACAAGACCUAGCAGCUUACACAGCAGAUUAAGCAAACAUAGCCGAAAGUCCAAUGCGCCUAAAAAAAGUGUAAGCGCCAGAAAUGAAUAAAUGUGUUGAAUUAUGAAAAAA